AUGGCGAUGGCGCCGUGCUGCGCGGAGUCUUCUGCUCCGGUGCCACCGCGUCGGGCCUUGCUGUUGCUGCCCAGAAGGCGUCCGCCGUUUGAGGGCGCUGUUCUAGCGGCGAUCGUAGCAGCCCCAGCACUUCUCCAGCGAGCUCGGCCAUGCUUGACACAGACUUUCAAAUCAAAGAGAUGCAAGGAACUUCCGCUUGGGGCGGCCUGCCUGGUGCUGUAUUCGGACGCGGAGGUCGGAACGGAACGAAGGCUGAGCCGCAUCCCCGACAUCCUCAAGGAAGCUGAGCAAUUGCUGGGACCGGGAGGCUCUGAAGAGGCAGAGACGGAGGCGCUCCAUCUCAGCCAGCACCUGAGGAGCUGCGGGGACCACCCCGGCCGACUCGGGCCCGGUGUGGGGCGCCUCAGUGCCUGGCUGAAAGAAGGUGCGUCUCAGGGUCGCCGCUUUCUGGGCGGAGACAGGCUGUCGUUGCGCAGCGAUGUUGCCCUCGUCGGUGCACUGCUCACAUCUCGUUCCUGGUGUCGCCGCCUAGCUGGUGCUUCAUUGCAGAAGCUGCAGGCUGCGAAGCAGCCUCUGAAAGGAACUGACUUGGUCCUGCAGUGGAUGCUCACGGUCUUGAGUGAAGAGCCGUGCCAGCAGGCAUUGAGGGCGGCCCGUGACUUGGAACCCUCCUGGCCCUCUUUGCACGACGAGGUCCUUCCCCCCGACCUUUGCGACUUCCUCCGCUCUCUUGAAGUGCCGGAGCCGCUCUGCGCACAGGAGCUCCUCUCGGCCAGGGAGAGGGAAGAGCUGGAAGAGGACCGCAGCCGGGCAGAGUUUCGAAGGGGCUUCCGGUCAUGGCAGGAGCAGAGGCAGGCUGAACUCGCCCCGCAAGGCGAGUCCGAAAGGUUCGUUUCGCCGCCUUUGAUUGACCGAGGCAGUCCGCAGGCUCCUCGAAUCGGGAGUGUGGAUGCAAAGUUUCGGACCAAGCACCACGAAGUGCGGCUGGAGAGACUUGGCCUGUGCCCCGCACUGCGCGGCUCGGCUCGAGACCUGAACCUUCGACUCUUUCCGGAUCGGGAUCCCGCCGUGGAAGCAAAAGGCAUCGAGAUCCUGCGAUUACUCGUCGAGUACCGAGGAUCGCUGGAGGCCUUGGACUCUGACGGUGGAACGCCGGCGUUCUAUGCGGCCAUGGCAGGAAAUGUACAGUGCUUCGAGUAUAUGCUGCAGGCCGGAGGUGAGAAGGUGUUUCACCACCAGGAUUACUUGGACCGAUACCCGCUCUACUGGGCAACAUCAAACGACCAGCCGGCAGUUGUAUGGCGUUUGUGGCAGCUCCAUAGCUUUGCCAACUUUGGCUCUUUGCACUUGCACGUCGAGCUGUUAUCACAGUGUGCUUGCAUCAUGUCGUGUGACAUCAUUCGCAAUCUCAGCCUCCGUAUCAGAACUCGUGCAGCAGCCAAGGAUGCACGCAGCCGGCAUGGGCGAACUGCACUGGCGAAGGCUUUCUCGUCGAUGGCUCUCACGUUGCGGGACCUCAGGUCUGUGCCUGUUCAGGCUGCCUGGUCAGACUCGCCGGACAUCGCCGCGAUGCUCCUGGAGAAGCGUGCGGAUCCACGAAUCGUCGACGAUCACGAACGCACAGUUUUACACAUGGCAUCUUGGGGUGCUUGGGGUGGCCGGCGUGGUGGAAAAUUUGUGAAUGGCCGCGCUGCGGGGGCCAGUCCCAGAUGCUUGCGGCUUAUCCUGACCACGGAGGAGGGGCGCCUUUGCAUGCACUCUGCCGAUCGUGAUGGCGGGACGCCGAUUGCGAUCGCAUCAGCAACGGGUGCAUUGGAUGUCCGUGAUCCUCCGCCCGAGCUGCAGGAUUUUCUGCCUCUUGCAGCGGCAGCUUUCCGCGGCCAUGUCGACUGCAUGCAGAUGCUGCUGAAUGCUCGAGCGACGCCGGAGCUUCGCGCAAAGAGCACCGGCAGGUCUGCCAUGGACUUCGCCGUGAUCGGACAGGAGCUCCCCACUGCCGAGCUCUUGGCAAACCAGCUGCUGCCGGGUGCCAGCACAACUGCGAUCUUUGCAACAGCUCUGACCUGGGCUGUGCACACUGGAGUGCCAGGCAUGAUUCGACUGCUUGCUCAGCGUUCUCCGGAGGCCUUGGAGAGUCAGGACUUCGUCCACCUGGUCUUGAUGCACGGGCCAAGCAGCCGUGCCGAGGUCACGUGGCCGCCCUUCCCCGCCAAUGCCGAGCAGCAGCCGGCACCACCUCCGCCUCCCAGGCAGUCGGCGCUGCGUCGAGGACAUCUCAAGCCGUUCAGCUCGGUUUCCAUCACAUGCUGCCAAGCCCUUCUGGAGGCAAGGGCUGAGGUGACCGAGUCAACGCUGACCAGUGUGCUGAGGCGUGGACUCGGCCGCGGCCCAGAGUCGGAGGCUGUGCUUCUCGACGCGCUGCUGCGACAAUACACGAGGCUUCGGCCUCAACCGAGCAAGCUGGCCUGGCCGCUGGUUGCAGCGGCAGCGGCCGACAGUCCGGCUGCCGUGUCACUCCUACUUGCAUCGAAAGCAGAUCCUGCUGGUGCAGAUGGAUUUGCUUUCACCGCAGCUGCCGACUCUGAAGAGUGCCUCGCCCUGCUGCUCAAGGCCUGUGAGGGAGUGCCACGCUGUCCGAGGACGCUGGAUGUGACAGAAGACGACAAAGUCAGCCUUCUGGAGGUUGCUGCGGCCACAGGAAACGCACAGUGCGUGGCCCUGCUGCUGCGUGGUGAUAACCUGGCGGCAUCGGCAGCAGCUGCAGCGGCUCAGCGCGCUGAGCACUUCGACAUCUCUCGUUGGCUUCAAUCUGCAGAGGGUGUAAACAGUGUGGUCCUGGGCUUUAGCACCUCACCGUGUGACAGAUCUGCGAGGACGGCAAGGACCAGCGACGAUCUUUCCGAAGGAGCGCAGCUGCUGUCCUGGCAAUCCCUGCUGAAACCUGCAGAUGCCGUGAUUCGCUCCUGUUCCUGGAUAGAGAGCUUGGCUGAUGCAAGACAAGCUUUGCGCUCGCUGAAGGAGGACCUGGACAAGUCGGCCAUCCUCGGAGUCGACCUGGAGUGCUAUGGUGACGUGGUUUGUACCUUGCAGAUGGCGACAGUCAAACGGACGGUCGUCCUGGACGCGUUGAAACUACAUGGCGACGUUGCCGAGCUUGUGAGCAGUAUUUUUUCGGACGGAUCCGUCAUCAAGCUCUUCCAUGCACCCAGAAACGAUAUGCGGUGGCUUUGGAGCAAUUUCGGCAUCCAAGUAGUGAACAUGUUUGACACAGACACUGUGGCCAUGCUGGUGUACGAGCGAAAGCUUGGGGUUGGACGCCACCGCAGCCUGAAAGAACUUUGCAAGCGCUUCCUCCAGAUGGAUCUAGAGAUGCUUGCCUAUGCCGCACGCGACGCAGAAGUGCUGCUGCCCUUGGCCAAGCACCUGGCCAGCAUGGCAAACGACCAAAGGCUAUUGAAGGAGUCUUUGCAGUCGUGCCGCCGGCAGCAGGACAUCUCUGGCAAAGAAGGGAUACGAGUCGAACUCCUCGGAACAGAGAAAGAAGAGUCAUCCACUACGUGA